UCCGUAUUCUUCUCUGUCUACUUGAGUUCUCCAAGCUAACAAGCUGUUUCUGACAAUAAAAGCACUUGGUUCCCCAAUUAAGAAAUCCAUACUCGAAAAAGGUUAAAGUUCAGAAAAAAGAAAAAGCAACCUGAAAGCAAACCCCGAAAAAAGAAAAGAAAAGCAAGAUAUGGCAAGAGAAUUCAUUGGGGUUGGGUAGCAUUUGAUCAUCCACUGGCACUUCUCCGUUGAUAUGCUGAAGCUCUUUGGGGUUUAUCAGUGCAUCUCCGGCUUCUUUCUUGUGGUCUCUGUCGUUUUAUCCGUCUUUGCAGAUUAUCUGGAGACAAAUGGCAGCUGAGCUUGUGAACGCUGCAACAAGUGAGAAACUGGCUGAAAUUGAUUGGAUAAAAAAUAUUGAAAUCUGUGAAUUAGUUGCUCAAGAUCAAAGGCAAGCUAGAGAUGUUGUUAAGGCUAUCAAAAAGAGACUGAGUAGCAAAAAUCCUGAUGCUCAACUUUACGCAGUCAUGCUGUUAGAAAUGUUGAUGAACAAUAUUGGAGAUCAUAUGCAUAAGCAAGUGAUUGAUACGGGAAUUAUUCCCAUUCUUGUGAAAAUUGUGAAGAAAAAGUCAGAUUUGCCAGUACGAGAGCGGAUAUUUCUCCUGCUAGAUGCCACACAAACUUCCCUUGGUGGUGCUUCUGGAAAGUUUCCCCAGUAUUAUCAUGCAUAUAAUGAUUUGGUGAGUGCUGGGGUGCAGUUUUCUCAGGGUGCUCAAGUUGUCCAAUCAACUCAUCCCAUUUCACAACCAAGCCCAACUAAUAAUGCACUGAAUGGGGAGCAGGCCUCACCUAGAGUCGAAGGGAUCGGUCAGCAGGCUGAGUCUCAGGCUGUUCCUGAAUCUAGCAUUAUUCAAAAGGCUAGUAAUGCAUUGGAAGUUCUAAAAGAAGUCCUCGAUGCUGUUGAUACUCAGCAUCCUGAGGGCGCAAGGGAUGAGUUCACCCUUGACCUUGUGGAACAAUGUUCAUUUCAGAAGCAAAGGAUCAUGCAUCUGGUGAUGAGUUCUCGAGAUGAAGGGAUAGUUUCUCAAGCAAUUGAAUUAAACGAGCAGCUUCAGAGAGUUCUUUCUAGGCAUGAAGACCUUCUUUCAGGCAGAGCUACUACGACAACUGCUAAUCGUUUUGAACAUGAAGUCGAGGAGGAAGAGGAAGAGGAGACCAAACAGUUAUUCCGAAGAAGAUUACGCAAAGGAAAGGCUCGUGCAAGGCCUGAAAAUGAACAGACUUCAUCCGAGUUACCUCCUUUGAGUGUGCUUGGGGAAAGACUGAAUCGUCCGCUGAUAAGACCGCUCCCCGUGGAGCCAUCUCGAGAAGCUGAGAUUCGAUCUUCACCAGCUGUAAAUUCACUGCCAAACGCAAAUCAUGUCGAUAGGGAGCCUUCUCGUGUUGCAAUUCCUCCCCCACCUGCAAAGCACAUGGAAAGGGAGAGAUUUUUCCAGAAAAGCAAGGCGGAUGGUUCUAAUUUGGCUGGCCACAUGGAUGGUCUCUCCAUACACAGUCGCAAUGGCAGUCACUCACACGGCGGAAGCUUUGAUUCCAGUGACUGAUAUACGAACAAAAGGCCCUGCUUUUCUUCAUUUUAUCCCUUUUUAUCAUUCAAAGUGGGGUUUGAAGUUUUAAAGAUUUCUGUUUUAGGCUCCGUGGGUUCAGUGUGAAGGGGAAGUAAAAAGACGAAGAACAAACCUUGAGUUCGUGGAAGUAUGGAACGUGGGUUUUGUGUUAUUACGACAUUACCAUUUGUACUUCUUCGUGGGCAGUUUUUUUUUUUUUUUUUGCGUUAAUAGUAUAUAGGGUGCCACAUAUUAUCUUUUUACCUCCUUGCCUAUAAUUUUUGUUAAAUUCCUUAAAAUUAUAGUCGAGUUUGUAAUUAUUUUUUAGUUGUGGAGAAUAUCAUAUAAUGCGGGUCUCGGGGUUAUCAUCCGGCCAUCUGGCUGUGACAUCA